AUGAAUGGCAAAAUGCAUAGUGAAACGGGCACUUUCUCGCCCGAUGGCAUGCGAGCCGAAAUAUUAAAUCCAUUUGUCCAUAAACUGGAAUUAGAUAAUACAUAUGACAAAAUACGGACGGCGAUAUUCACUGUUAUUCUGCUACCUUUUCGAGUAAUCGUGAUAUGUUACUUGAUCGUCACUGCGUGGUUCCUCGCCUGCAUUGGUCUUUAUGGGCUGAGUGAAGAAGAUCUUCGCAAGAAGCCAAUGACUGGAUGGAGAAGCAAACUACGCUUCUCGAUUCUAUCUCUCAUGCGGUUGGUUGUGGUGGCUGCUGGUUUCCACCGGGUGAAGGUUUUGGGUCGUCAGCACCUGCCUUCGAGUCCCAGGGAUGCACCGGUAGUGGUCAUCGCCCCACACUCAUCGUUCUUCGAUGCGAUUGCUAUAGUUUGCCUUGGCGCCCCCAGUGUGGUAGCCAAAGCAGAUACAGCAAGGCUACCUUUCAUCGGACAACUCAUCAACUACACCCAACCUGUGUACGUAUGGCGGGAUGACCCCAACUCCAGGCAGAACACUAUCAAGGAGAUCAUUGAGCGAGCCACCUCCAAGGAAGAUUGGCCACAGGUGCUGAUCUUUCCGGAAGGCACUUGCACAAAUCGAUCAUGCCUGAUAACGUUCAAGCCCGGCGGGUUCUACCCCGGCGUGCCCGUCCAACCCGUCACCAUCCGUUAUCCCAACGCUAAGGACACCGUUACGUGGACCUGGGAAGGACCUGGCGCACUGAAGUUGCUAUGGCUGACUCUAACCCAAGUGCACAGUUCGUGUGAGAUUGAGUUCCUCCCAGUAUAUUAUCCCAGUGAAGAGGAGAGACGCGAUCCCAAACUGUACGCUAGGAAUGUUAGAGAUGUCAUGGCAAAGGCGUUAGGCGUCCCAGUACUGGACUAUACAUACGACGACUGCCGACUCAUCGCUCGAGCCAAGCAGAUCGGAAUACCCUGCGCCGUGUCCUGCAGGGAAAUCUGCGAGCUUAGGGCACAUCUAGGUUUGGACCGAUCGCACCUGGAAGUGCACCUGGCGGGGCAGGGGCUCGGCGGGCGCGCGCGCUGGCUGGCGCGCGAGGAGUUCGCGCGGCGGCUGGGCGUGCCGCUGGACCUGCACGCGCAGCGGCUGUUCGACUUGUUUGUUCAGAGGUCGACGGGCAUGGUGUACUUCCCCGACUACCUGCUGUGCGCGGCGUUCCUGUCGCUGCUGCACGCGCCGCUCACGCAGCUGCUGUCUAUCGCUUUCAAGCUGUACGACCCAGCGGGCAGCGGCCGUAUAAAGAGCAGUACGUUCGAGGAGAUAGCGGGCAAGUGCCUCGGGCUGUGCGCGGAGGACGCCGCGCACGCCUUCGCGCAGGCGGACGAGGACGAGAAGGGAUAUAUCACUUAUGACGAAUUCAUAGCCUUUGCUCAAAAGAAGAAUGAAUUCUCGUUCAUCUUUGUGAGCGACACUUCCCAUAAACCGAAACUUAAGAAUCAG